GGGGGCUUACCCGAAAGAAAGGAGUAUAUAUUUGUCGGCGUUUGUGUCCGAAGAAAAAGUAGAAGUGCUUAUAGUUCUCAGUUUUUGCAUAUGGAGAUCUGAUCGAACUUUAUUCAAAUGAUGGACGUUGUAAAUGAUAAUAACAUGGACCAGGCAAGCGCUAUGGAAAUUAUGGCGGACACGAACAACGAUCAGCUCAAGCUAAGCGUUUAUUACCUCUUGAAAGAGCUACAAAAACAGAAAGCACAAAAUGCUGGGGUACAAGCCCUGAGCGAGAGACUCGAGACGAAAUCAGAGGAAUGCAAGGGUUUGGAAUCGAGGGUAGAUCAAUAUAAAGUUCUGUUAGCAAGAGCGGAGAAUCGGCUUGCACAACUAAGUUUACAAUCGGGUAAAGGACCGCACGCUGCGAAGGGAAUUAUUACUCCGGGCGUUAAUAAGAGAGUUGUAGAAGGUCUUACACGUCAAAACACUAAACUAAAGAUAGCACUAUCGAAUUUAUUGAAGAGGGGACCAAAAAGCGUCGAUUUAGCAGAGGAAAACCUAGAUCUAACUAACAUGGUAGUAGCACUAAAAGAUGACCUAGAAAAAGCAUUUACUGAAAAUAAAGAACUCAGGGACGCACUUCUAGCGGUUGAAAAUGAUGAUACUCAGAAACUCCAACAACAAGUUGCUAAUUUGUCUGCAAAACAGUUAAGUACGGAAAGGACCCUCAGAGGACUGCAGACAUACUGCGAUAAACUUGUUAGCGAAAAUGAGUGGCUGAAAAAGUCAAACGAGAGCAUCUGUAAGGAGAGAAUCGUGCAGGUUGCGCAAUUAAGAACUGAACUGGGUAGUAUACCAGAUACAAAUCCGGAGGUGAAGGAGGUCAUGGCACAGGCAUAUGGUGGUGAUGAAAUUGAUGGCAAUGCUGAAUCUCUCAAGAAAAAAAUACAAGAGCUGGAGAAUACAAUCAAACACCACGAAGAAAAAACUGAAGUUUCAGAUCAAGAAAAGGAGAAGUUAAGGGAGAGAAUAGCUCUUCUUGAAGAAGCCAUCUCACACCGUCAAGACAAGAUCCAAAGACUGGAAGAGAAUGGGUCUACUUUGGACCGUAGACUAGCCGAGAUCAUGGAGGAGCUAGAAAACCUGAAAAAAGAAAAUGAGACUCUCAACACUGAAAAAAUACUCACCCAACAACAGUGUUCGGUUUAUGAGAAUGAUUUCAAGAUGGAAAAGCAAGAAAAGGAAAGGUUAAUGAUCGAUUUUAAAGAAAUCCAAGAACAGCACAAAAGGCUCAGGGAAGAGAACCAGCGCUACCAGGCGAUGGCAAGGCAUCUUGAAUGGGAGAUUCAAAAGCAGAAGAGCAAGACUCCCUCGCCACCACCACAAACUCAGUACUCACCCUAUUCUUGUGCUCCAAGAAUGCCAUGGACACCAAGUCUAAUAAAGAAUGAAUUUAUGGGUGGUCUAGUAGAAGUAGAUGGUCCCAAAGAAGAUCCAUCCAGGCAACAGCGCCAACAGCCACUCAAGAGACCACAAGAGACCACACGAGACCCCGACCCCAACUUAUUUGAGGCACAGGCCCAACAAUACUCGCCCAGGACAAGGCCAUCCCAGACUCCUUCAAGGAAAACAUCCCAGCAUAGUUACGGUGGAAUAAAAUGUCCAGUAUGCGAUGAGAUCUUUCCGCAUGAUCAAAUAGAAGAACAUCUAGUCGACUGUGUACCUACUUAGAUCACUGAUCAGAAAGUCGCCCACUUGUCCAUUGACUAGGUAAAGCAACUUACCUGGUCAUAGUACCAGGCCUAGUGAUGGCUUGCUUUCCUGGCAUAUGGCCUCCUGGCUAGCGGGCUAGUAGACGACUUUCUGAUCAGUGGUUAUCCCUGGUACAUACUACAGUGUAGGGCGGAGUUACGUCAGGCCGAAGAUGCCAUACGAGAUACAAAAGACCAGGUAUUCCAGUUACUACAGAAAAGCUGAGACUAUUGGUCUCUGAAGCCAAAAGACCUUCACUUGUUUGCCCCCUGAAGACUAGAGGCUAAAGCCUCUGGGUUCCAGAGUAAAACCUUUACAUAAUCGAACAAACAUCAAGAAUUUAACAUUCGUAAAGCGUAGUAAUGAAUUCUGAUAAAUGAUGAAAUCAAGCUGUUGACAUAAAAGCAUUCUUACUAAGCGAAAAUGAUUUUAACGGAAAAUAUAAGUGAAAAGGUUGUUGAUAUACGUUUUUGGCCUUUUAUUUUAUUUUUUCCGUUAAAAAGAUUUCGCCAUAAGCGUGGGGCGUAACCACGAGGAGGGCGUGGCGUCUGGUUACACGCCCAUAUAAGAAAUUAGUUUUUGCUCCCAAAAUGUAUUUUUCUCAGAGAUGUAUAAUUCGGCACUACGCUCUUUUGGUAUUAUCACGUACUUGUCUUCUGGUUAUCAUGUGAAGGUCUCAACCAGCUAAAUGCAAUCACAUCACACAGCAGAACGGUAUAUUGUCCUAUUUAGGACGGCACACGUUUUCGGGCACUUUCCAUUCGACGCAUGAUUUCUUUACAGCGAAAUCGAAAUUAGGUCGUUUAGGAGGGAAUUUGUUACUAAAACACAAGCGUCUCGUAUCGUUGUCAGCCUUGCUUUAUUUUGCUUCAACGGUAUUGUGUUUCGAAUAAAAAGUGUCCGUAAAUCCGCACCAUCCGUAACCAGGCCACAUUCUGUACCAUAAUGCAAUACGCGAUGCAUUUUUUUCGCUUCGAAAAAUCGCUUCCUUUCUUCGUCAGCGAAAGUAAGACGAGGAAGGCUCGCAAAGACCCCUGGGUCUUUGAGCAUGGGAGAGGUGGGGGCCUGGGCACAACUACAGAGCCGUGCCAAGCGUCGCAAUUGAAUUUUAGCUGAGCGUUAUGCUUGGCUUAGUAAUUGUGAAUUUGAGCGUUUCUGGUAGCUUUAUCAAUUUCGGUUACUGGUUGUCUUGGAAAAACGCACGACGAGCGAGAUCUAAAAAAAAUGAAAUAAAACAGGGAAAUGAUGCGAGCUUUACAAAACUGAAACAGCGAAUUGGCUUGCCAAACUUUAUGGCGACGUAUUUGAUUGACAAUCACCCAGGUAACCGAAUUGUCGCGGUAUGGCUUUCGAAAGGCGAAAAUGUUUCUAGAUGGAAAAGUAGGGGAUGGGUAGGGAGUGGGGGUAAGGUAUCGCGGGAGGAGUUGAGGAGUCGGAGUAUUUUAAGAUUUAGUGCAGGCUAGUCCACUAGGGUUUCACCAGACAGUUUGAAUGAUGUUUGGGAUAGGCGUUGUUGUAAGAAGUUCGUGUUUUUCUUUUGUCUGGUUUUGGAAGGGAUCUGGAAAGCUUCUAAAAGGCCUUGAGGUCAAAGCCAUGAGACUACUCAACAGCCACUCAAACAGCCCAGGUGGGCUACCUUUGGUGCGCGUAUGAGAAAGAAGAAUCUUGAUACAACAGCAACUCAUUUAGUCAUAGAUAAUAAAGCAUUUAUUUUUGUUGACUGUUUAUAGCGAGAGAAGCUUGCUGUAUGACGAGAGAUGGUGUAACAUAAAAUGGGGAAAACAUGUAUAUAGUAAGAAUUAUAUUAACACUAAGUUAAACAGCCUCUGUCAGCCGCCAUUUUGUCAUCCUAGCAAAGAACCAAGCGUGAAAAAGAAUCCCUUUCCAUCGGCUGAUUUGAGGAAACCAAAGCGAUGUUUUUGACUGAAUUUGAUACAUACAUUAUAAAAUUUUGUUGUUAGAUAGUUAUUUCGAGAUUUUAGCAUUAUUUUAGCAUUAUGUGACUUUCAAUAUUAAAUGAAAGCAAUAACAAAGGUGUGACUGACAUGGGCACUUUAAUAAGCCGUAUUAUUGCGAUUUCAAAUAUCUUGGAAACUCAGAGUUAUAAUUUCCAACUGCUAAACCGCUUUUUGACUUCCGUCAUCCAAACUGACAGAGGAAUUACAUUUGCUGCGCUUUGAUUGGUCAUCACUUUGCGGAAAAGGUAAAGUGAUUGAAAACCAUUUCAGUGCUAGUCAAUGAAAAAGAUUCAAGGAGUGAAUGCGGUUUAGCCGUUGCGAAUUGUCGACGAGAGCAAAGGUUUUGGAAGCGGGCAAAGAAGUCUGAAGAGACGUAUUACAUGAUUGACAUUAACUUCUCCAGGCAAUCAGCGUUGUAAUGAAAGCUCCGAAACUGAUUGUCAAUCACCUUUGCUUCCUUUCAUAUGGCGGGCGUUACGCUAUUGUUGAACAUUAUACAACCGAUAUUUUACUGCUACUUGCACGGUCGGUUUUUUGAAUUUGUUUAUAAUAUUAUUUAGGGAGUAUUGGUAAAGUGUGCAUCUCCUUGCAGUUAUAAUAAUAAUAAUAAGUUUAUUAUACCAGUAGCAGAUUACAUCUGAAUUAUAGGUAUAGUCAGCAUUACAUAAUACAUUAAAGCGAUACAUUUAAGGCGAAUUUGUGCAGAAAUUUCCAAAGCGGUCAGUGUUGGUUGGUUUCACAAUUACAUUGGCACGAGAUCUUAAAUUAUAUGUGUAGUUCAAUCUAUCUAUACGAUUCGUUACAAGGUUGUACAGCGGGUUGCUGGGCGUUAACGACAUUAUGAGUUUCUCACAGUUAAGCAAUUCUACAACGCUUCAGCAUGCAUAUACUACUGUUUGUUGAACAAUGAUUUAAAUAAAACGAGUCAUAGUAA